UAGCACCCCGCGCAUGCGCACAAGCGCCACAGCAGCAGCAGCAGCGCGAACGGAAGUUUUGAAAGGCCGUCAUUUUCAUUUUUUUCGGCGUUUUUUUUGUUGUUGCGCGCGUGUCGAUAUUUGUGCGAACCCCGGACUUCCCCGCGCAGGGCCCACCCACGAUGGCCAGCGCCUCGACGCAGGGCAACGUCGGCCGGCGCGUCCUCAGCAACCGCACGGACAGCACCGCGCCCGAGGACAUGAAGCGUCGUGUCUUCGUGGGCCUCAAGAAGCUGGGCCACCUGGGGCAAUACCUGGACCUGCUCAGGCAGCUGUUUGAGAACUUCGGCCCGCUAGACGCUCUGGCCACGUUCAAUGGGUUCGCGUUCGUGCAGUUCGUCAAUGAAAAGGAUGCUCACAGUGCCAUCGCCGCCCUCUCCGGGAAAGAAUUCUACAGCUGCAAGAUGGAUGUGAGGCUCGUGACAAUGCGCAGCAACAAGGACGGUGACUCAGAUAAAAGCCCACUGCAGCUGCAGGACGUCGUCCGAGAUCGCUCGCCAAUCCGCAGGCCCGACACGACCGUGAAUUUGCAGCAUCCCUCGGUGCCCGUGCACAACAAGAAAGCGCCGCCGCCGCCGCCGCCGGCGACAGGCGGACAGUCCGGCCGCAUCGACUCGGAGUGCCUGCGGGAAGAGCUCUACAUGCGCUACUUCGCCAUGCUGAAGAAGCAGGCGCGGGACAUGCGAGUGGUCGACUGCAUCGUCAUCGCCAGCAACCGCUCCAUCGCCGACUACGCGGAGAGCGUGGGCCACAAGGUGCGUAACCGCGGCCUCUACGUGGACCUCAUGUUCCUGGUGUCGGAGGCCUCGCUGCCCUCCGCCCUGGAGGAGGCCACGCGCUCGGGCUCGGCCUACGCCGUCGUGGUCAGCAUCCAGCACCAGCUGCACCGCUCGUGCACCCUCAACAUCCUGCAGGGCACGCCCGAGGAGCACCGCAACAUGCCCCUGCUGGACGCGCUCCGCCUCCUCCAGCGCCACUUCGAGUCCACGCGAGGCCUGGAGCGCGAGCGCUGCGACUCCGAGCUGCCGCUGCGUGCCGCCGAGAUGGCCGACGCCGCCCUGCGGAGCGAACCGCUCGGCGCCGGUGGCGGUGCCGGCGGUGCCGGCGCCGGUGGCGGCGGGGCGACGCCGGCAAGGAGGGGGGCCGGUGGCGGCGGCCGCGGCAACCCGCCGCACGUCCAGCCGCUGCUGGAGCUGCUCGUCGACGGGAAGCAGCUGGCGCCGGCCGAGCUGGAGCUGGUGCUGGACUACGUGCGGGACCGGCGAGACUCGGCGCUGCGGGAACUCCGCGACGGGCGCGGUGACGGUGACGGUGACGGCGGUGGAGACUUCGCCUACGAGACCGGCAAGCCUUCGAUGGGCGACGAGUCGUCGUCACGGCACUACUACCGCUCCUCGUCACCCUCGCCCGCUGCCUCCAAACACCAUCACCAGCACCCCUCAUCGUCGUCCCCCUCAUCGUCGGUGCUGCGCUACUCCCUGGACGGACACAGCGGCGGUGGCGGCACCGACGGAGGAGGCCGUGCCGGGCUGGGUCUGUCCAUGGGAGGCCACGGAGGACGAGGUCACGGAGGAGGAGGUCACGGAGGAGGUCACGGAGGAGGUCACGGAGGAGGUCACGGAGGAGGUCACGGAGGAGGCCUCCUGGGCCACCAGCCCGGGUCGGGCAGCGACUUUGGCGCCCCGUCCAUGCGCCGGCCAAUGGCCGGUGGGGGUUCUCAGUUUCGCUACUGAGGGCUGCACCCCCCAUCACCACCACCACCCCCCCCCCCCCCGGCACACCGCGCCGCUAGCACCCCCUCACCCUGUCCCACCCCCAGGAGGUCGCAGCGGAGGGGGUAGGGUCUGGCGGCGCUAGCCACGGACACAAGCGGCCUGGGUUCGAGUCCUGCGCUCGGGAGCGAGCGGGCGGGCGGGCGGGCGGGCGGGCGGGCGAGCGAACGGAGAUUUUCGUGUUCUUACCCCCCCUGGUUGUGGAGAGCGAGAGAGAGUGAGUGGAGUUUGUAGAGCAGGGGGAGAUCACACAAACUCCACUCACUCGCUCUGCAGAACAAGGGGAG